AAACACUCGUACGUAUACCCUUGCGACACACUCACGCUUGAUUAUAAAGACUCCAUCGCCCGCUGUCCGUUUCCAGUGUACUGAUCACGACAGGCAGAAAGGAUUUGUUCUACGACUGGAAAAAUGAAGCUGGGGUGUCUGCUGCUGGUGUUGGUGGUGGUGAUGGUGGAAGCACGACAGCCACGCUUCCUCUGUCCCAAUGAAUACGAGCCGGUGUGUGGCAGUGACGGCAAGACGUACGCCAACAGUUGCUUGCUGUGGGGUGAAAAACACUACAAGAACAAGCUCAGCCUAGAAGUCGUCUAUGAAGGGCCGUGUGGGGUCGGCGGUGACAAUCGCUACCCAUUCAUGCCACGACACAAAUCACCACCAAAAGGGCCAAACUACGGACAGCACCAAGGAAUGUCUUAUUAAGUGACGAUGCAUAAUCUAGAAGGACCAAUACAGGAUGACUAUGGGACCAUUCCAGCAACCUUUACAUACAAAAUGGCCUCCUGUCAGGUUUUGCAGAAUGACCUUGUAUUAUCCGAAAAGCAACACAUGACGAUUAAAAUUACUUAUAGACCAUUACAAAGACUGAGACCAACAGACCACUACUAUCAGAAUGACCACCAAUAGACCACCUCAAGCAAAACAUACAAGCAACACAUGACCUACUACAAUAACUGAGAUUGCUACAAUUAGAAGGACCAAAAGACCAUUCAAAGCAAAUUUCAGACCAGUUUCCUUAUAAGACCUUACUGUAAGCAUUGUAAGGAGCGAUACAUGAUCAAGGAACCACUGCAAAGGAAAGAUCGUAAUACAUUGACCAAAAGACCACUGCAAACAAAACCUGCCUACACAAACCUAUAAAAUUCAUUGCAACCACGUGACAAAGAUACUACUGGAAGCUCAAUUCAGACGAGUUCCAUUAGAUCAUACUGAAUCCCACUUUAAAUAACAAAACAUACUUUCAAUAACUAUUUGUAACUAUAUCCUGGAAUACUUCUGCCCACACUCCGAUUACUCCCAUAAGCCUCUAAUUAAAGUUAUACAAGAUUUUACGGAUGUUUUUUUUUUAUGGUUCUAGAGACAGAUUAAAGAGAUCUCAACAUUAUCAAAAGGAGAACAAUCUUGAGAACCCAGAUGAUUUGUGUCCUUUGAAUAUUCCGGUGGUGAGAGCAAAGUGUUUCUGGAUAUGGACCCUGACCAUUGUUGAAAACGCCUCACUGAAUGAUCUACACAAAGAACGAUGCCCAGUACACUUACAAUACAACAGAUAAUAAACGCAGAUAAUAUAGGACGUUAAUGGAUGUAGAAUUCUAUUAACUACCCACAAUCAACAAUAAGAUUGGUUCUUUAAUACAUCUCACUGAAUAAUCUACAAUAAGAACAAUACAUUUAUAAUUUAGUAGACAAUAAAUCUAGACAAUACAAAACGUUAUUGAA